AUGUUUACAAGCAGUAUAUUGAAGGAAAAAACGUUCUUUUUAUUUAAAUGGCUUUCAUUGAAGGUGUUGGGACAGUUAUUUAAUCCUAAGUUUUUGUAUCCAAUUAUUGAAUGUGAUGAAGGAAUAUGGGAAAUCAACCAAUCUUUUGUUGCUGGACUGUCAUCUUUUGAGCUUUACGCGGGUGUUCAUCGAAUUAUUAAUCUAAAAGUGCCUUCACAAUGUUUUUCUAGUUUACUUGAUGAACUGACACACUUUUCGGGUGGUCGAAAAUUGACACUAGAUCCAGCUGUAUUAGAAUCAUAUUCACAUGAAUUAAUGCAAAUGACAAAAGAUCCCAAAUCUAUUUAUUACAAAAGUGAAGUCCUACAAAGUCCUUACAUCGUCCAACCCACUGAUUUGAUAUAUCCAAAUUCUGGAUUACAAAAUGAGGAUAGUUCACAGUCUGUUCAUCAAUUAAAUCUAAUUUGGUUAGCAUCACAUAUUGCUUUAAUUGAAAUGAUUUUACGAACUUACUUGUUGAACACAAUUACACCAGAGACAUUAAUUAAUGCAUUAAGCAUUAUUACUGGAUAUAAUUUGAAAGAGCAUUCAAUAAAAGGACUUCAAGGUGCUGAUGGUGCAUUAUUUUGGUUAGUUACGGUAGCUGCUAGAACAGUUACAAUUUUAGGCAUAAAUGAUUGUACAGAAUGGCUGACUAAUCAUUUAACUGGUAAAGAAAGUUCAAAGAAAGAACAAUCUGAAUCUUCUUGUGAUUCGACGUAUACAAUAAAUACAGACUCUUUGAAAGAGUCAGCGGAUAAAUUCCUCAGAGGAUUAGCAAUGGCAAAUCUUGUUGCAUUAACCUUCCAUUUCUAUUGUCCUGAACUAGCACCAGCUGAAGAUUUUUUAUUUAAUUUCCCGUCAACUGGAGAAAUAGAACCAGCAGCUUCACAUCAUAAUGCUCGUGCAAUUGCUUUAAUAUGCCAAAAGAAUAUAGAUUUGUAUAAUGUUUUAUUUUUAAUGCCAGAUUCAUGUAAUGGAAAUAUAAUUCGUUUAAAUGAUUCAGGUUCAACAACAUUGAAUACAUUAAAUUUAUUAGGAUUUUGUUCACAAGGUUUAGCUAGAUCACCAACACAUAGACGUUUACAACAUGCAGCAAUGGCAGGUGAACUUUUUGUUUGGUUUACAUCACGUUUACCAAAUCGUGAAAUAAAUUCAAUAAUGCCGUCUACAAUGAAUUACACAAAGCAUAUGCAUGAAAGUAAUACCCAACCGUUUCAAGAGGGAUUCACUGGGUUGAAAUGUAAAACAAGUGAUACUGAUGAUAAUCAAAUCAAUAUGAUACCAUUAGAUGAAGUAAAUGAUGAUAGUAAUUCAGCUUCUGGUAGAGGAACUUAUCGACUUGAUGAAACUUUCAAUGAACAUCAAAGACAAGUGAAACAAUCAAAAAAACCAAAUCUACAGACAAGUUAUUUCAUUCGAUCAAAAACUAUACGUUUAAACAAGAAUCUGUCAGAUGUUGAAAAAUUGAACAGUAAACUUAAAGAGCUUUCAACUAAACAAUUAAUAGAUUCAAAAACUGGUGGUAUAUAUUUUCCUGUUGAUUUAACUGAUACACCACGAAAUGAAGAGAAUAAACAAGAUAAUGUAGCAAAUCAAGAUGAAUCACAAAGUGCACCGACAAAAUGGAAUCCUUUAGAAGCAUUAUUUAAGCCUAAUGUGCUUAAUGAAUCAAGUGAAGUAUAUAUGAAUAUCCCAUCUACGGAAAAUCAUGUAGCUGAGACGGAAUGUACUGAUCAUCGUAGUUCGGAAGUAAUGUCGUAUUAUCCAGUAGUUGACUAUCAGUUUCCAAACACAACUCAGGGUAAUAUAUUGAACUGUAAAAUUACAAAUGUUGAUACUGCUCAUGUAACGACUACAACAAAAUCCCAAUAUUUGAAAGAAAAUCCUGUUACAGAAGAAGCACAGGCGCCUUACAAUUCACAAAAAAUCGAUUCUAAAUCUUUUAGACAUAGUAGAUCAAUGUCACAUAACAGAAUGAUGCCUACUUACUCAUCAUCUCAGCACAAAUCGCAAAAAGACGAAGAUUUUAAUCCUUCCAGAAGAUCAGGUUAUCGAAUUUCCCAUUCCAGAAAACACCCAAUCGACCAUCAUGAUAAAAACAAUUCUGAUCUAAAUACUAUGUAUUAUAAUAGGAAUAAUAUGGAAUAUUCAUCAUAUGAUUGUUCCAGCAGUUCAGAGCAAAGUGCUGAAGUUCUUGGUGAAGGAAUAUAUUCGAAUCAUUCAAGCCAAAAACGCCACGGUCAUUGUCCGACUUUUGUUGAUAAUGCAGAAUCAAGAAGAACUUUAACACAAAAUGAAAGAAGAAAAUUGUAUAAUCGUGAAAGAAGUAAGCGAAGACAAAGAAAUAUUCCAGAAACUGUCAAUCAACCAUACUUUUAUGGCUCUCAUCCUGUUCAACAACAAGUUCACUGUGUUUAUCCUUACGAAACUGCAAACCAGAAGGUAUAUACAGAUAUACACUGCCUACCUUACGCUCCAGUACAACCAACUUGGAUUCGUCCUCCAUUCAUAACAAAUACUUUAAAUCCCUGUCCGUUUUAUGCAACAAAUCAGCCGACAUUUGUGGGAUCGCCAUCAGUUUCAGUUAUACCCCGAUUACAUAGUACAAGUCCUCUGUCAUUUUCGCAUCCAAAUAAUCCUGAUCAGCUCUUAGUAUAUAACUUGAAUGAACAAAAUGUAUUAGUACCAGAGUCAAAUAAUCCUAAUGUACAUAUAAUCACAGAAGCAGUAGUAUCAACUGAAUCAGUCAAUUUGCAAACGGAAGAUUGCUCACCUAUAUCAAAUGUAACAAUUCAAAAUCAGCUUGAAUCUAGAUCCUAUCCAAUUCCACAAUAUGAAAUUAUAUCUAAUCAAAAUUUUGAACCAAAUAAUGUUACAUCAAAUAAUUCUCCAGUAAUUCAAGUACCUGUAUAUUAUUCUCAAGCUGAAUCAUUUUUUAUUCCUUUUGAAACUGAUUCAUCAAAUGUAUCAAGUACAUUUCAUCAUAAACAUAAUUCAAAAUUUAAAUCAAAAAAUAAAUCCGUAACAAAUCAGAAGUUAAUAGAUAACUUUAGUGAAUUGAAGCAUUCAAAUGCUUUUGAUAAUGAUGUUAAUCAUUUAGAUGGUAUGAGUUUGGAACCAAUUAAUGUAGUAAUCUCAACCGCACAACUGGAAAAUUAUCAAUUAUCAGGUUCUAAUAGAAUCACAUCAAGUUCUGAUACUAUAGAACAAUCAGAAGAUAACAUUCAUACAACUCCUGAUCAAUAUGUAGAUAAGUGUAAAUCUAAACAAUCUGAAAAACAAAUACAAGGACAUGUUCGUCCAAGAAAAGAGAGUAUUUUACCAACUUAUUUAGAGAAACGAUCCAUGAAAGCAUAUAAAAAAGAAAUAAAUAGUUCGGAGAAUUCUAGAUCAUCUUCAGAAAAAUCACAAACAAUUUCAAAUAUGAAAGAAAAUUCAUUUAAAACCAAUGAAAAUGUUGUAAAUACAACUAAAGUAAUAAUUCCUACUCAUCAAAGAAGAACUGCUAGUGUCUCACGAACAAUAGGAAUUGUUAAGCCUAAUUUUAAUGGUGGACAAAGAAGACAUACACAAGAUGAAUUGUCUUUAUUAGAUGUUAAAUCACAAAGUCACAUUAUUGAAACUGGAUCUUCUAAUGAUUUGAAAUUAUUUGUUCAACUACAAACUAAAUCAAAUCGUCGAGCUAUUUCAAAUGCAUUAAACUAUUGUUGUUUAGCAGGACCGGUAAACGAAACAAUGAAAAGAACUGCACUUGAAGCUCUUGGAUGUUCAGAUGGUAAACAUUUUAUAAUUCUUUUAAAAAGUCAAUGUCAGUACAGUGGAUUAUAUAAUUAUCUACCGAUUAUUGAAAAAGCGAUUCGUAUUAGUGGAACAGGACCGAGUAAAAUUGAAAACAAUAUGGUUGAUAAAUACUAUAAGUUAGUUGAUUAG